AUGGACUUGGACGAUCAAGAUGCCCCUCCUGACCUGGUAGAGGCAGGCGACAACCUGGAUGGGGAAGAGACGGUUGUCAAGGUUCCGAUCACCAUCGUGACAGGAUACCUCGGGGCUGGCAAGACUACGCUUCUAAAUUACAUUUUGACUGCGCAACACGGCAAGAAAAUUGCAGUGAUUAUGAAUGAAUUUGGUGACUCGUUGGAUAUAGAGAAAUCCCUCACGGUGAACAAGGACGGCGAGUCGGUCGAAGAGUGGUUGGAGGUUGGCAACGGCUGCAUAUGCUGCUCUGUGAAGGACACAGGCGUCAACGCGAUCGAGGGGCUCAUGGCGAAGAAGGGCAAAUUUGAUUACAUUCUGUUGGAGACAACGGGUCUGGCAGAUCCAGGGAACUUGGCGCCCCUGUUUUGGGUUGAUGAGGGACUGGCAAGCACCAUCUACCUGGACGGUAUCGUGACGCUGGUCGAUGCCAAGAAUAUCUUGAAGAGCCUGGACGACCCGACAGGAAAGGUAGAAGGACAUGAAGGAGAUGAGCAUGGCCCAUUGAUGACCACAGCGCAUGUCCAGAUCUCACACGCCGAUGUCAUCGUCAUCAACAAGACGGACCUCGUUUCAGGACAGGAGCUGCAGGCGGUCCAGGACAGGAUCAGGUCUAUCAACGGACUUGCUAAGCUCCACCUGACCAAGGAGAGCGCAGUACCCCAACUCGAAGGUUACCUUCUAGAUCUUCAUGCAUAUGACAACGUGGUGGAGCUGGACAACUCGAAGGGCCACAGCCAUCUCGACCCAACAAUAUCGACGAUAUCAAUACCGCUGCCAUUGCUGGAAGGCCACCAGGUGGACAGGGUCGACAAAUGGCUCAGGACGCUGCUGUGGGAGAAUGAGCUGGCUGGUGAUGUUGCCGAACACAAGGCAUCCUUUGAGAUACACCGGUUGAAAGGACGUUUGGCAGUGAGGAACGGGACUACAAAAAUCAUACAAGCUGUGAGAGAAUUAUUCGAGAUCUUCGAUGCACCAUCGUCAGACGGGGAGGACGAAACCAAGACAGGCAAGGUAGUGUUGAUUGGCCGUCAUGUCACAGAUUUUGAUUUUGAGAAGAGCCUCUUGGCGGCCAUCAAUAAAGAAUAGAGAUAUUGUGAGGGAAAGGAUAUUUAACAGAAAAUUCAAGAGAG